AUGGGACAAGGCUUCUCACUCACGACGCUCAACGCGGGUUCUGCGGGCAUCGAUGUCCCAGAGCUUUCAGAUCUCACAUACGAAAAGUCUAUGGGAAAUGCGCGGUUUAUGAAGAGCAUACGGGCCCGGCACCAAGAUGGAGUCGUUUUGGUCAAGGCAGUAGUCAAACCAUAUGCCAUGCCGCUGGAGAAAUAUAAGCGCAGUAUCAUCCAGGAAAGAAAAGCUCUGGCAGAUGUGCCUAAUGCGCUCGCCUACCAGCGAAUCGUGGAGACUGAGACGAACGGAUUUCUCGUUCGGCAAUAUCUGUACAGCUCCUUAUACGAUCGCAUGAGCACUCGACCUUUCCUGGAGGAUAUUGAGAAGAAGUGGCUUGCUUUUCAGCUGUUAUGCGGGGUACGAGACUGCCAUGCUCGAGAUAUAUUCCAUGGAGACAUCAAGACGGAGAAUAUAUUGGUCACCUCUUGGAACUGGCUAUACUUGUCAGACUUCUCGUCUUCUUUCAAGCCUACAACUCUGCCAGAGGAUAACCCGGCCGACUUUUCAUACUUCUUCGAUAACGCUGGAAGACGGACUUGUUACCUGGCUCCCGAAAGGUUUCUAGCAGCUGGAGAGAAUCCAGAUCCAAAAUCACAGAUUUCGUGGGCGAUGGAUGUGUUCAGUGCUGGAUGUGUAAUCGCUGAGUUAUUCCUGGAAGUUCCGAUAUUCAACCUGAGCCAGCUGUACAAAUACAAGAGAGGGGAAUACAAUCCAGUCUCAACCAACCUCGAUCGGAUAGCAGACAAGGAUGUACGAGAAAUGAUUGCCCAUAUGAUACAGCUUGAUCCAAAAUCCAGAUAUUCAGCGGAACGUUAUCUUGAUUUUUGGAGGAAGAAGGUCUUUCCGGAUUACUUCUACAGCUUCCUGCACCAAUAUAUGGGGUUGAUAACGGACCCUUCCUCGGGGAGAACGCCAAUAUCAGGAGCUUCGGCCAACCUUGGAGAGGCGGAUGACCGGAUAGACCGUAUUUAUUAUGACUUUGACAAGAUCUCAUACUUCCUGGGAUACGAAAAUGAAAAAAGAGUGGUCGAGAAACCAUCAUACACCGCUAGUCGGCUGAAACUUUUGCCGGUACAUUUGAACAUUCCGAACAAUGAGCACCAAUCGUCCAUUGUUCAUGUGAGGCCAACAGAUGACGGUACCUUGAUAUUCCUGGCUUUAGUCGUAUCAUCGCUUCGAAACACUGCUCGAGCUACAGCCAAGAUUAGGGCCUGCGAUAUUCUGUUAGCAUUCUCCGAGCGCUUAACCGACGAAGCGAAGCUCGACAGAGUGUUACCUUACCUAGUCGCUUUGCUCAAUGACAAAGUUGAUAUCGUCAAAGUCUCAGCGAUACGAACUCUCACUCAACUUAUGGCCCUGGUUACGGUGGUGUCUCCCGUCAACGCGCAUGUAUUUCCGGAAUACAUCCUGCCGCGAAUGCAGGCCUUUCUUCCUGGCUCGCCUUCGGAUCCUGGGCCCUUGGUUCGACAAACGUAUGCAGCAUGUCUAGGCAGCCUUGCAACAUCUGCUUCACGGUUUCUUGAUAUGGUUGCGACACUAAGAGCCGAUGGUGCUCUUCCCACAGCGGACUCGGAGACAGAAGACAGCAAUACCGCCAAGGCACAAAUUCAAGGAUUGUUUGACAAUUCUCGAGCAGAGCUUAUUUUGAUAUUCGAGACUCACACUAAGGCCUUGAUCACAGAUGGCGAUUCUGCUGUGAGGCGCGCCUUCCUUGGGUCUGUCCCCGAAUUGUGCAUGUUCUUUGGAACAGCGGACUCAAACGAUAUCAUUUUGAGUCAUUUGAACACCUACCUCAAUGACCGAAAUUGGGUGCUCAAAUGUGCCUUCUUCGAAACCGUCGUUGGAGUUGCAACUUUUUUGGGUGGUACUAGUCUGGAGGAGUUCAUUCUACCGUUGAUGGUCCAGGCACUGACAGACCCUGAAGAGUUUGUUAUUGCGAGCGUUCUUCGCUCGCUUGCCAGCAUGGCCGAACUAGGUCUCUUCCAACGAUUUAAAACAUGGGAACUUGUCGAUAUCGUGGGAAGAUUCACAAUGCAUCCCAACAUCUGGAUACGCGAGGCCGCCGCAUUGUUCCUGUCAUCCGCUACCAUUUUUCUAUCGGUUGCGGAUACUCAGUGCAUCAUGUAUCCUCUUAUCAGACCGUUCUUGAAAUCUUUCAUAAACGACUUUGCAGAACUGAAUCUUCUUGACAACCUCAAAAAGCCCUUGUCCCGUCCGAUCCUGGAUCUCUCAAUUACCUGGGCGAUGAAAGUUGAUCGAGGGAUCUUCUGGAAACCUGUGCAUCAACUAAGAACAUUCUCUUUCGACUCGAAUAGCUUUGGCCUGACGACAGCCCUGGGCAAGGACUUCGGACACCAGGCUUUGCUGAAGGUGCCGAUGAAUGAAGAAGAUGAGCAAUGGCUAGCGAAAUUGAGAAACAUGGGUCUUGGUCACGACGAUGAUGCCAAAUUACUAUACUUAAGGGAGUAUAUCUGGCGCCUAGCACUUUCCAGGGCACGAGAAAUAACACCGCACCCGGCAUAUCUUAACGAUGUUAUCAAUCUUCGCAACAUUGGGAUCACGCCUCAGACGGUCAUGUUUGAAGAGUCGCCGCAUCUGGACGAGUCUUUGAGACGACUAAAUAGCGGUGCUGAGGGGAGUGACCGAGUGCCACAUACUAUUGCCGAUGCAUUACUUGACGCUUCGAUGACGAUUGGUAAUGACGACGCCAUUUCCCGGCGACGACGUUCUGCGUACAACAACCAUAAAGCUCGUCUCAACAGUCAGGUUGGUACGGUGUCUGCAAAUGGGCGUGGUGCUCGCUCUCCUGUUUCUCCAUCCACUACACCCACGUCUCCCAAAGACAUAGAGCCGAUAUCUUUAGAUGCGACUCGCCAUCGGAAAUCUCUUCAAGGACAAAGUGCUCGAGGAAGCGACGAUGAGAGUUUGGUGCCUGAGACAGGUUCAAGUGUCAAUUCUAGAGAAACUAACCUUGCAAUUCGUCACAAGUCUAGUGCCAUUACUUUGUUGAAUCGCAAGGAUACUACGAAGUCAUUUGCUGAAACGGGUACGACAUCCACGAAUGCUUUCGGGAAAGUUGAAGGGUUUUCUCACCAUCGUAGCGAGUCAUCCGCCCUUGCGCUGGCUAAAGAGAGAGUUAAGCUUGACCCGGACCGACAUCGUUUCAGAGGAUCCCAUACGUAUGCAGGAAAUGAUCCAAGUAUACUCAAAAUGCUAGAUGCGAUAUAUAUUGAUAACUACCCGAAUGAUAUCGCGGAAUUUGGACCAAUGAUUGCCACCUCGAGCAGAAGAAAGAACAUUAACAAGAGCUCCACUCAAGCAAACGAUAGACCUUGGAAGCCGGAAGGAAACUUGGUAGCCACAUUUGCGGAACACACAGGUCCGAUACAUCACAUCGCCGUCGCUCCUGAUCACUUAUUCUUCCUCACUGGUGGUGAUGAUGGCUGUGUGAAAGUCUGGGACACUGGAAGACUGGAACGCAAUAUCACACAUCGGUCCAGGCAAACACACAAGCAUGCUGAUGACGCUCAGAUUACAGCCCUGUGCUUCGUCGAGAAUACGCACUCUUUCGUUAGCUGCGGUAGUGAUGGUAGCAUAAAUGUGGCAAGAGUCGAGUGCGUUCAGGCCAGUGGGACAGUGAGAUAUAGCAAGCUUCGAGUGCUGCGUGACUAUCAAUUGCCUAAAGGCGAAUUGGCAGUCUGGGCCGAUCAUUUCAAGAUAGAAACACACUCCACCCUGAUAGUUGCCACCAAUCGUUCGCGGGUAAUUGCUAUUGAUCUCCGUAACAUGGAGGUUCUGUACACGUUGGACAAUCCGGUUCAUCACGGUACACCUACUUGCUUCGUAGUCGACAAACGACGGCAGUGGUUGCUCUUGGGUACAUCCCACGGAGUUCUUGAUCUCUGGGAUCUCCGAUUCAAGGUGCGACUAAGAGCGUGGGGUAUACCUGGAGCCACCUCUAUCUAUCGCAUGUCUAUGCAUCCUACGAAAGGCCGUGGCAGGUGGGUCUGCGUUGCAGGUGGCAGUGGAAAUGGCGAGAUGACCGUGUGGGAUGUCGAGAAAGUGCAAUGUAGAGAAGUUUAUCGUGCAGGUGGUGGCAGAGAUAGCCCUGAAGGAUAUGAGCCAUGGCCUGUCGACGAAGAUCGUCCGGAGGGCAUGCUCGGUCGAUUCGCAACUGCGCUCGAGCCGAGCGGAUCCAGCAAUUCUGAUCGAGGCAUGCGAGCGAUGGUGGUCGGGACUGACUCCUUUGAUGACAAUCGGGAGGUCAAGUACGGAUUCGUCAUCACCGGAGGGUCUGAUAAGAAGAUUCGUUUCUGGGAUGUGUCUCGUGUGGAGAAUUCCAUGGUUGUCAGUGGGCUUGACGCCGAAGAGCUAAAACCAUCGUUCACCUCGACGCAUCCGACUGCUUCUCUGACGCUCAACACGGAAAGGAUUCCGAGACCUGGGCCAACGGCACCAAACGCUGGAGCAGGCGGGCGGAACUCGAGCUCGACCAAGAUCGUCAGCGGGCGACCGCCUCGGUCAACGGUAAUAUCACUUCAGCAACAACAGCUGCUGAAAUCUCACUUGGACUCGAUUCUCAACAUUGCAUUGUUAGAGUUGCCUUAUGGCAUGGUGGUUUCGGUGGAUCGGUCCGGCGUUGUAUUUGUCUUCCAAUGA